CUGGGUAACUCUGGCGCAGGAAAAGACUUGCGUUUCGAGAGGGAGAGCGCCUCUGCCGUAGUGACCUCGGAGUGGAUACUUGAGCAGAGCGCACACCGUAAAUAGAUCUUCUCUACUCAGACAAGGAGAAGAUUGCACUAACGUAAUUACAGCCAUGAUGUUGGUCAUACGUUGCGACAGAGCGACGAUGGUCCCCAACUUCACCACCCUAUAAUCUGGCAUGAUGCUGCCUGGGACCAGCGUUCCUUCGGGUGGGACAACUCAAGGGAACUCAGCCAAGUACAACGCCAUGGCAGUGUUCAUAACCUUCUCCUACGGUUCGCGUCGAGUCAUUUCGGAGUUCUGCGGCUCGGCGAUAGCCAGUUUGUCAAUCGUUGUAACUUUACAUAAUUAUCACAGCAGUUAUAGUUUCCUCCUGCCAAGUAAUAGCUGCCGGAGCACUUUGUGGUUGCUUACGCACCUCGUUGUCGUCAGUGCUUUUGGACAGCAAAGCGAAAGGCACACGCACUACCCUCCCAAGUACCAUGCUUGCAAGUCGGAGAAGAGUAGCCGUCGGAGGCCUUCAUCCGAAAAGAUAUCAAUCCUACUAUCCGAACAGCACGCACGGCAUCAAGCUCCUCUGCACUGCCAUACUCCUCCUUGCCAUUGUCAGUUUGUUGCCAGCUGAGGCACAAGACGUUGACCCAUGCGGCGGUUGCUCUACUGUUGGUACACUAAGCCAAUUCUGCUUGGAAGGUACCGCUUUCUGCGAGUGCCGUCCAGGAUAUACGGGGCAAUUCUGUACUAUUCUGCUGGCGACCACAGCGCCAACUGUUAUUACCACCACGCCGACAGCCGCCGCCACAACACCAACUGCACCAGCCACAACUACUCCACAGUUCAGCAGCUGUCCAGAUGCUUACUGCGGCAAUGAUGCAGUAUCCUGCACGGGUAUCAGGGGCAACUGUGUGUGCGGGCCUGCCUAUACCGGAGACCUUUGUCAAAUACCUAUACGGGAACUGCAGCGCUGCGACACGGAGCCGUUCUGUGAGUGCGUUCCAGAGUUAGAGGGAAGAUUCUGUCAGUCCGAUGCAGUCCUGUUCAGAGUGCAAUUCACCUAUGCCAUCGAGUACACGUUUUCCCUGACACUACCUAGAGUUCUUCAGGAUCUCACCGCUGUGUCUGACCAGCUGCUGGUGCAAGCGAUUGGAGUGCGCUCACAGCUGGCAUUCGGAAACUCCAGCAAUCGGAAUGUUUUCCCUGAUAGCAGAGGACGGCUUGCUCUCUCCUACGAUGUUACCGUCUAUCGACUUCCUUCGGUGGUGGGGCUUCGAGAGCAGCUGGAUGCUAUUCUGCAGACUGCCUUCUUCUUCAAUGGAAUGGUGGAAGAGUUGCCACUUGCAGUAGCCUUCACCCAAAUAGAGGCAGUGAACCGCCUUCAGGACCUCAUCAACACACUGGCUGGCAAUGCAUCUGAUCCAGUGGCAGUGUCACAAGAUGCUCUGCUUGUAGUAACAUCACUGGACGAUAAUCUGAACGCACUGGAUCUGGGUGUGUAUGUCGACUUACUUGAGGCCAUGGACGAGCCAGUUGCCAAUGGUAAUGAUCUCCAGGGAUCCGAGGCGGUCCAGAACCAUGUGUUGAUUGCUGGCGGAUUCUCGGCAUUGCGGACCAGCACGAUAGAAGCGGCACGGGAGACAGUUAACUUCACCACCAGGCUCUACACUGGACUGGAGGAGCUGGCAUUUGCCUUGUCGCUUACGCCCAACAACAGCAUGCCCGUGGUCAACCUGUCCGCGGACAUCACUGCUGCCAAUGCACCGGGCCUCAAUCUUGUGCUGAUGCGUGUCAAUGACGUCGACGAGGGCAUAGGGGUCCAGGCCACGUUCCUUAACAACAACGCUAACCUGUCAUCUCUGCCAGCUAAUGAUUCACUAGUUGAGCUGCGCACACAGCGAGCACUUAACGAUGUGGAAAUCGUGGGAACACCGUCUUCAUUUGUGCCAACCAGCCCGUACAAGGGGAGCCUGUUUGUGCCGAACGAAGUAUUCCAGACUGCACAGAACAGCGGUUCUGUUUCCAACGAAAUGGCAAAUGGUACAGCAUUCUCUCUGCUGAUGGCAUUCACGUUCUUCGACUCCCCAGCUCUGUUUCUUGACCCGUCCCUUGCUGCACGUAAUGCUGUUGUUGCAACCCCAGUUAUUUCAGCAACCGUUGCUGACACGCCUGUUGAAAAUCUGAAACGCCCGGUGGAGAUUCAGUUUGACAAGACACGUCUACAGAUGUCAGCUGUCGACCUGGAGCCGGAGUGUGCAUACUGGGAUCCGCGGGCCAGUGGUGGACUGGGUGCUUGGAACACAACCGGCUGUCAACUUGUAUCCAACACCGCCACUACCAUGCUGUGCCAUUGCAAUCACCUGACCAACUUUGCCGUGCUUCUUGCAAGACGACCUCCAUCUGGGGCCGGAGGGGCUGGCAAAGCGUUGACGGUGGUGACUUACAUUGGCUGUGGCGUAUCGAUCACUGCCCUGUUGGCCUUGGUUGCUCUGCACUUCAGCAAGAGAGUUCUGCGCUGCAGCUCAAAGUCCAAACUACGCUGUGUCCUGUCAGUAAAUCUGCUUCUGCUGUUGCUGCUGUUUGUGGCGGGGGUUGAGAGGACUGAGGUGGCGGGUGUUUGCCGCGGAGUGGCGCUCCUCAUCCACUACUUCUUACUGGCAGUGUUUGCAUGGAGCAUGGUUCAGGGUUACAAUGUCUAUCAUCACGUGUGCAAGUCGUGGGAAGCGCACACCAAGUCAACAAAGGUCACGCUCAUCUCACUGGGAAUCGGCGCACAGGGCGUACCAGCAUUCAUUGUUACUCUUUCAGCAAUUCUAAACUGGAAUGCAUACUAUCCGAUUGGAAUACCCAGCAAUGAACGACUAUGUCGCCUGGAGUACGGCACGUCGUUCCUGGCUUCCGUCGUCUUCCCGCUGGCGGUGUUUGUGUUUGUAAACCUAGUUUUCUUCCUGCGCAUCUGGCUGGUGAUCGUCUCCCAGCAGGCUCAGGGUGCGACGGGCGACAGUGCGAUUAGCAAGCGGCGCGAUCGUCUCAAGCGCCAGGCACGUUCUUUCCUGAUCCUGGUGGUGACGCUGGGCAUGACCUGGGCAAGUGGGAUAGCCCUGAUUGCCACCAGUCACGUUGCCACACAGUGGCUGUUCACAGUGCUUGUCUCGACGCAGGGCAUUCUGCUAUUUGUGCACCAGUGGACGGACAUGAAGCGCAUUCGCAGGGAGUCGCGCAGCCUCAACUAUCUCUCCUACCGCACGACGUCGCGUCAGGCCAGCAAAGCGGUCGGCAGUGGCACCAACAUUCAUCUUGGUGUGUAUGGAGUCAAUGAGACUACUCCGGACCCGGCAGCCAGUCAGAGAAGCCAGGCAAUGUACAUCGAUGUGAGGAGCUCGCCGACCCGGGGCCAGCGUGCCGACUCAGGUCUCGGAACCGAUUCACUGCCAUCCCAGCGUAGUUCUGGUGACACUGAGAGCAAUGCCACCGUUAGCCCGGUAGCAUCAGAAGCUCUAGCCGCUCUGGUGCAGCAGAACAGUGGCUCACUACCAAGUGCAUCGCCAUCAAACCUGGCUGCUGCUGACAGCCUGUCAACAAUUCUCUCCAACGAUGCUGUAAGCGAAGAGGACACCGUAGCUGACCUGACCAGCAGUCCUAGCAUACCUUCAAUCAAGCCCAGAACACCCAGAGCCAAUUCUAGUUCGUUGAUCAUGGCUGGCAGCACCAGUAAGGCACUACCGCCCAGCAGGCAUAGUAUUGGCAUGGUCAUGAGCACUUCUAACUUAGUGUCUGUCAACAAUGGCACGCACCGACCAUCUUUGCCGUGAAUGGUUCAACGCUGCGUCCAGGAAGUUCCGCGGCUGGCGUUAUUUUACGACUGCUUCUGCACAUGGAAGAACACCAUUCAUGGGCCAGUCUGAGUGAAGAAUGAUGGCAUCCGGAGGGAUUUGCAUGUGAAAAUGUUUGUCUUAUUGCCGGCACAGUGUGCUGUGUGUGCUUUGAAUUGCUUCAUCAUGCCUCGAAACUUGGUAACAGCCUUCCUGGGCAGUCGCUGAUCCAACGGCCCGGCCCAGCUUAGACCGUUGUCCAUGACAUGGAAUAGACUCUGAAAGCUUCAUUAUUCUCGAUUGUAGCCGGUGAUCUCUGCACUUGCCAUUACUCCAGCCGCCGGUAGCCAACCAAGGGAGAAUCAUGACUGGCAUACAGUACAUGUGCAAACUGUAGAGGGCCAAAUCUCAUCAAUGCUUGGGAAGUAGAGUUUCAAGACUGAAAAA